AUGGCUCAUGUUCAAGACAAAUAUGUUUGUACACGGGAAAGGUCAGGAUGCAUUCAGACAUUGAGAGACUGGUGUAUUGCCCAACCUCAUCUCAAUUCAAGAUUAGAUGAUGGAUUCCUUUUGCGCUUCUUGCGUGUAGGUAAGUUUAUUCAGCUGCGCGCGCAAGAGUUAAUUGACAACUAUUGGAGUGCAAGGUCAGCUGACCCACAAUGGUUCACAAUGGACCCACAAGAAUCAAAAAUGCAAGAACUACUUGAUUUAGGAAUUUUCGUCGGACUUAAAGGAAGGGAUUCAAUCGGAAGACGCAUAUAUACGACAAAUUAUGGUCAGUAUGACCCGGACACUUGCUCUGUCGAUGACAUCAUGAAGUUCAGUAUUAUGAUCAUGGAGCACAUGACGUCAGAUGAGUACAUGCAGAUACACGGCUGUGUUGUUAUAGAAGAUGCUGCUGGACUUGGAAUGAAGCAUGUUAAGGUCUGGACAAAAGAUGUUAUGAGCAAAAUGAUGAAAGUUUUUCAGGAUGGAUAUCCAAUGCGACUGAAAGAAAUACAUUACAUCAAUCUGGGACCUGUAUUUAACACUAUCUUCGAAUUAUUCAAGUACUUCAUGAAAGAAAAGAUGAGAAAUAGAAUAAAGCUUCACUGGAAUGACGACUCUUUGCAAAAAAUGGUGUCCAAGAAAAUACUUCCGACCGAGUAUGGUGGUGAAGCUGGCCCGAUCAGAGAGCACAUAAAGGCUUUCAAAGAAGAGAUUGUAGCUGCCAGAGAAGAAAUCUUGUACAACCAACAAGCGCGUUUCAAUGUUGACGAGAGUAAGCGAAUAAAAGUUGAAAAGGAAGACGAAGGUUGGGGUUUGAUGGGCGCAUACAGGAGACUGAAUAUUGAGUGAAAGAUUCGAAAAUCAGAUUUACAUAUCAAUUGGAACUGUCUAAAAAUAUAAAUCCAAUUGCAAUGUUAGAUCAAGACAUGAAAAAGGCCUUCUUUCAAAAUGUAAACUUGAAAAUUAUUAUAACAACGAUUAAAAUGACAGAUGUAUAUCUUUUACUUUUCAAAAUGCAUAAAAUUGUACAUUUACAUGUAGAGCAAUUGUGAUUAUUUAGUAUAUAGACUAUUUUUAUACACUUUUAGGUGCUUUAAUUUGAAGUGACGCAGAAAUAAUUUUGAAGCAAAGUGCAUAAGGAUCAAAUAUUUUGUACUUUUCAA